AUGGCUUCGGCGGAUACCCGCACCCGGCAAGCACGCUACGACGAGGCCACCGACGAGCUGGUUGUCCCGGCAUUAACGGCCGCAGUCUUCGUGGAUGGCAUGGGACUCGUUGCAGCCGAUCCGGCUUGUGUGCCCUUCCGAGGUCACUUCGAGUACCGCUGGAAAGUUUACACCGACCUCCGCCACUUUGCUUGUUCGAGCUGGGGACUUCCGGGUUCUUUUCUCCAAGGGUUGGGCUUCACCAAGGACGAGGCCUCGGGGGCAAUCACCUACAGGGAGUGGCUGCCACCAGCGAGAGCUGUGUCACUGGUGGGCGAUUUCAACAACUGGGACGAGGUUCGAAGGUCUAUCGCGUACCCGCAUGGAUUCGCUGGUCGUGUCCAGACUUGGGCCACCUGGCUGCGGGCCGGAAAAGAGGAGUACUGUUUCGAAGGCUUUCAGGCUGCACGCCCAUCGCUGCCAAGCACACUUCGCAUCUACGAGGCCCACGUGGGCAUGUCCUCCACCGAGCCCAAGUGCAACAGCUACCUCGAGUUCGCGAAGGAUGUGUUGCCUCGCAUCAAGGAGGCUGGCUACAACUGCGUGCAGCUGAUGGCUAUCAUGGAGCACUCCUACUAUGGCUCCUUCGGAUACCACGUCACCUCGCCCUUCGCCGUGUCUUCGCGCUCGGGCACGCCGGACGAGUUCAAGGCCUUGGUCGAAGAGGCGCACCGCCUGGGCAUGCUGGUGCUCAUCGACCUCGUCCACUCCCAUGUUUCCAACAACGCCGACGAUGGGCUCAAUGGCAUGGAUUUCGGCCAAGCCGAAAGCGAGUCGUACUUCAUGACCGGUGAGCGAGGCUACCACAAGCUUUGGGACUCACGCCUCUACUGCUACAAGAACUACGAGGUCUUGAGGUAUCUUCUCUCCAACCUACGAUGGUGGCUGGAGGAGUACAACUGUGACGGAUUCCGCUUCGACGGUGUGACAUCGAUGUUGUACCACCACCACGGCCUUUACAUGAGCUUCACCGGCAACUACGAGGAGUACUUCGGAAUGUCCACGGAUGUGGAUGCGGUGGUCUACCUGAUGUUGGCAAGUGAGCUGGUAAGAAGCGUGCGACCAGAUGCUGUGAUGAUCGCGGAGGAUGUUUCCGGCAUGCCUGGCUUGUGUGUGCCCGUCGCUGAAGGUGGCAUCGGCUUCGACUAUCGUCUUGCCAUGUCCCUCCCAGACAUGUGGAUUUCUCUUCUCAAGGAUGUCAAGGACGCGCACUGGGGAAUGAACCACAUUAUCUCGGCGAUGUGCAAUCGCCGAAGAGGGCGCGAGAAGACGGUUGCCUAUGCCGAGAGCCAUGACCAGUCCAUCGUGGGAGACAAGACCAUCGCGUUCUGGCUCAUGGACGCCGAGAUGUACACAGGCAUGGGCGAUGAUGGCACUCCUGGCUCUGUCGUGGUUUCGCGUGGCAUGGCGAUGCACAUGAUCAUCCGGCUGCUCACGCUCGGACUGGGCGGGGAAGGCUAUCUGAACUUCAUGGGCAAUGAGUUCGGUCAUCCCGAGUGGGUCGACUUCCCACGAGAAGGGAACAAGUGGUCCUACGCUCAUUGCCGACGACGCUUCGAUCUGGCUGACAGCGGGCUACUGCGGUACAGGUUCCUGCUCAAGUGGGAUGUGGCUAUACAUGCACUGGAGGAGAGCACCGGAUUCGCCAGUGACGAGCAUCUUCUGGUUUCAAGCCAGCAUGAGGAGGACAAGGUGAUUGUCUUCGAGCGUGGCGAUCUUCUCUUCGUGGUUAACCUCAAUCCCGGCAAGGACUAUGCGGACUACAAAGUGGGCGUCCGCGAGCACGGCAGGUACAAGAUUUGUUUGGAUUCCGACGCCUACGACUUCCGUGGACGAGGUCGGACCGUGCACGAUUGGGUUUACUUCUCCGAGCCCGAGGGGGUGCCCGGUGGGCCGGGCAACUUCAACAAUCGCUGUGCAUCGAUCACGCUCAAGGUGAUCAAGAAAACAGCUUCGGCAGAGGAGUUCAUGGCUCUUUUGGACAAGGAGGUGCAUCGUCCGUCGUUCAACGCCCUUCACCUCUCAGCGGCCUUUACGCGGUUGGCCUUCUUCGCGAAGCGGCGGAAGCUGAACGCCGCAGAUGUUCGGAGCACUGUGUGGAGGAGACUGUCUGCCAGACUCAACUUCGUGCUCAAGCAUGGUAAGAUCACGCCGCGUGCGGCUGCUAACAUUCUGUGGUCUAUCGUCCCAGUUUCUCAGGCCUUUGGCGAGCAACACGAGUGGAUUUCUCCAUCUUUGAUUCGCUGCGUGCGGGAAUCAGCUGGAUCUAUGAAUGCCUUUGACCUGGCAAACUCCCUUUGGGCUAUCGCAAGACUUGAGGAAGCCCAGCCAGAGGUCCUCAAAGCCGUGCCAGCCCUGGCGGCUCAUAUUCCAAGCCAGGCCCGGGAUUUCGUUCCGCAGGCAUUGGCAAACAUCCUCUGGAGUGUGGCCAACUUGCAAGAGAAGGUCCCUGAAGCAUUGGCCGUGGUCUCUGCGGUGGCAGCGCGCAUCCCGGGAAAGGUUUCGACUUUUAACGCCCAGGACUUCUUCGACUUGUCCAACUGCCUCUGGGCGGCUGCGAGCCUUCAGGAGGCUUCGCCCGGGGUCCUGGCAGCUGUGCCUGCUAUGGCUCAGUGCAUACCGCAGAAAGCGGAGAGCAUGCUACCCCAGCAUCUGUCGAACUGUAUGUGGGCAGCAGCAAACCUGCAAGAAAGCGUGCCGGCCGUUCUGGCCUUCGUCCCCUGGGUGGCUGAUCGCAUUCCACAGGAAGUCGACAGAAUGAUUCCACAGGCACUCUCGAACUGCUUGUGGGCAGCUGCAUAUCUGCAACAGGCAGCACCAGCCGUGCUUAGAGCGGUUCCUGCCAUCGCAAGCGCGAUCCCGAGAAAGGCGAACGGAAUGAGCCUGCAAGAGCUGUCGAACUGCUAUUGGGCAUCUGCAAACCUGCAAGAGGCAGCUCCCACAGUCUUAGCGGCUAUCCCUGCACUUUCAGAGCGAUUGCCACAGAAGCUCGUGGAGAGUGUGGCUUUGAAACAGCGAAGUGGUGGGCUACAUGUCGAUGAAAAGCUACACAAGAGGGCGACAAGGCUACCCUGGCAGUUUGCUCACCGCGCAAGAUGGCGGACAUAA